CAAAGCAGUAAAGCCGCGCAAGGGGAGCAGUGCGCAUGUCUACAGCCCAGGCCUGCGCUCCACAUUUUUAAUUCGCUGUUAUCAGUGUGCAGUGUACAUUAUAAAAUCUGAAAUAAUAACUAGAUUAUUAUUAUUAUCCGCAAUUGAUAAGUAACAUGUUUGUCAAUACGAAUAGGAACUCAAUUUUUAGAUAAAUCAUAUAACGUUAGGGGCCAAAUUAGAUUAAGUGUUCUGAUGUGCAAGCGUAUUGGGAAAUCCGUAUUACUGCUGCUUCUCCUGUCUUUGGACUCGAGGGAUUGUGUUGCGAGUCCUAACAAUGAAGGAAAAAUACUACUUAAUUCCGUUCAAGCGUGGGCAGUUAAACUCGGCACUGAAUUGUAUCAUUUUGGGGAAUUCAUCACCAGGAAGAAAGAGGUACAAGAAAGCUUCAAAUCAGCUCAGAUAGAAUCAAGAGAUGGAGAAAAGUUAGUUCAAAGUAUGGCAGAUGAUAUACGGGCUAUGAUGGAACUCAAAAUUAGUGCUGUUAAAAGAAUAGUAGAAGCAGCAGAAAAUAUGGCAUUUGAUAAGCAAAAUGAGCCGGUACCUGAAGACUUUCAAUUUUAUAAUAGUAAAGAAAUGGAAGAACCUUAUGAUGAAGUUUCGAUCACAACUACUCCAGAAACAGAUUUCGCUCUUGAAAAUUGGAUAGCGCGACCACCAACGAAAAAUGCUUAUCUCUAUCAGAACCCCCAUUUUUCAAACAUUCCAGUAAAUAUAAAUUUUAGUAGUGUACAUGUGCCGACGAAUGUAUAUGCCUGGGCACCUGAAGUUAUCAAAGGUAUACAUUGGUCAGAAGGUUUAGAUACACAUUUUAUAAAUAAUUACCAAAGUGACCCAACACUUUCAUGGCAAUAUUUUGGCAGUUCCACUGGAUUUAUGCGACAUUAUCCAGCUAUGAAAUGGAGAGCAGAUCCUGUCGAUAUUUAUGACUGUCGAACAAGAGCUUGGUACAUGGAGGCAGCCGCGAGUCCUAAAGAUGUAAUAAUUCUUGUUGAUCGUAGUGGGUCAAUGACUGGUCAGAGAAGGGAUAUAGCUAAGCACGUGGUGACUAAUAUUUUAGACACGCUGGGGAAUAAUGAUUUUGUUAAUGUAAUGACUUUUGCUGAUACUGUAGAGGAAAUUGUACCUUGUUUUGAAGAUUCACUAGUACAGGCAACUUUAGGAAAUCUACGUGAGCUAAAAUUAGGUUUAGAUAAUUUUGAAACUAUGGAGAUAGCAAAUUUCUCAGCAGCACUGACACGGGCUUUUGAACUUCUAGAAAUCUAUAGAAAUAAUAGCGGCGGGGCCAACUGUAACCAGGCAAUAAUGCUGGUAACAGAUGGCGUUCCAUAUAAUUAUAAAGAGAUCUUUGAGAAAUAUAAUUGGAAAUAUGAUACUCCAGUGAGGGUGUUCACAUACCUGAUAGGGCGAGAGGUAAAGGUGGCGGAUGUGAGGGAGGUGAAGUGGAUGGCGUGUGCUAAUCGAGGCUACUAUGUCCAUCUGAGUACGUUGGCUGAAGUCCGGGAGCGAGUGCUGGAGCAUGUAAAUGUCUUAGCUCGUCCACUCGUAUUACAGAGAGAGAAACAUCCUGUUGUAUGGACACCCGUUUAUGCAAAUGUCACGGAUCCAAAAGUUGCGGACUAUCUCUGGGAACAACGUGAAAGAGCAGAGCAAAAAGAACGUUUUAUGAGUCAGCGAAGAGACAAAGCUCUUUUUAAUUCCGAAAAAGAACAAGAUCGUCGAUGGCGAAUUACUCAGAUGAAACAAGGACAGUAUAGUGAACUUGGAAACUCUCAAUAUCAACUAAUGACGUCUGUAUCUAUGCCAGUCUAUGACCUUCGACACAACGAGAACAUCACAGAGAAUGUACUGAUAAAUGAAGCUUAUUGGGUAUCAGUUACAAAAGAGCAUUCGUACGUCCACAACCAAUCGCAGUCCGUAGAGGAGAACGGCCAGAAGGAGAUGCGUAUAGCUAGGUUAUUAGGUGUAGCUGGAACUGACGUGCCAUUAUCGGAGAUACAAGCUCUAAUGACACCUUAUAAGAUCGGAGUAAAUGGAUAUGCCUUUAUAGUUACCAAUAAUGGAUAUAUAUUAAUACAUCCAGAUCUGAGGCCCGUGUUUCAACAAAUUCUGAAGCCGAGUUACAACAGUGUAGAUAUGAUAGAAGUCGAAUUAUUUGAUGACGAUCGGGGGCCCAGGAAUUUCAGCAAGGAACUAACAGCGCUUCGCAAAGAAAUUAUAGAUCAGAAAACAGGAAAUAAAAUUAUGAAUGUGAAAUAUCACAUGGAUGACAUGAAAAGGGUGUCUCGUGCCAAAAAGCAUUACUUUUGGACUGGCAUCAGCGACUCGCCAUUCACCCUCGUGGUCACCAUCCCGGAGAACUAUGGUCGCCACCGAAUAACACCGCCACCUACCGACGACAUCCAUCGACUUUCGCUCACGUCCAAAAACAUAUCGGCUCGCCAGUAUUUGUCUGACAAAUGGAGCGUACACCCUGAUUGGUUAUAUUGCCGCCACUAUGAGCGCACAUUCUCUACGCCUGAAGAAGAGUUAUUGUAUUUCUUGGAAAGGGUCGCAAAGCCUGGUUGGCGGUGGCCGGCGAAGCCUAGACCUCCAGAACACCAUAAAAAUAAGCCUGGACAUGAGAGGCACAACAAUGGAACUCCAGAAAAUAAAGAGCGAAAUAAAGUUUCAAACAGUACUCCAAGGAAUGAAUAUUAUUGUGAUCACGGGUUGAUGCAAGCACUGGUAUAUGAUGCCAGAAACACAGCCUGGUUCAACAAAAGCAUAUCAGACUCGGCUUCUGAGGAAAAGGCCCCAUUGACAAAAGUGAUUGGAUUAUUGCCGAGAGCGGAGUUUAUUCAGCGCUUUGGGUACAUCGUCGCAUUCCUGUCCACUCACAGUGGGCUCACACGUUGGCAGACCCAUCCACCGAAGGAGCAUGAUAAUGACAGACCAGAAUUCGGAAAACAAUGGCCAAAAUCCAUAGACGAGGUAUGGUACCGUCGCGCUGUAGAGCAGCACUAUGUGGAUCCCUUGAGUUAUGUAUACAGCGUGGAAUUGAGCACAGAGAAGUUUCCGUUGAAUGUGAGCACGGCGGUGGUGACCGCGUCACACGCAGUGUUCCACAGUGACGGGCAUAGGAAGGCUCCUGCCGCUGUUGUAGGCUUUCAGUUCAAACACGAGCGGCUCAGUGAAUGGUUCGAGAAUAUAACAUCAUCGUGUGAACACAAUAAAGAGUGUGUGACGUGUUUAUCUGAUUCGUGGGAUUGUUACUUGGUGGAUAAUAACGGAUGGAUCAUAGUCAGUGAAGACUCCAAUCAAACUGGACAAUUUUUUGGCAAGAUACGACCAGACAUCAUGACGGCGCUGAUAGAGGAUGACGUCUAUAAACCGGUACAUUUAGUGGACUAUCAGGCAGUUUGUUUUAGGGAGAAAAAGACUACAAAUCCAGCAAGCAUGUUACUAACGCCAUUAGAGAAUUUGCGCUUGGUAAUGGCAUGGUUCUUAGCGACGACAGUUUGGUUCUACAACUCUAUUGCAACUGGAUUGGCGCAGGCGUCGAGUUAUUCUUUUGACGAUGAGUUUGUUACAACCACCGUAUCACCUUUAUUGGACGAGGAAGGUGAUGAAGGUGAUGAAGACUCGUACAUGUCCAAACCAACUACAAAGAACGCUGAACGGGACUUCGAAAAAUUAGUACUUAUUAAUAGAACUCGACCUACACCGUGCGACAGAGAGAUGUACCUAUACCAACUGGACUACAAUAAUUUGGACGAUAAACUUAAUAAACCUAUGAUGAAUUGCUCAAGGCCAUUCUAUGCUCAGUUGGUGAAUUAUACAAAUAUGCUAAUGGUAGUGGUGAAUGGAUUGUGUCCCAAAGAGGAAGUAUCCAUAUCAGUGGAUCCGACUGAGGUGCAAUACAAUGAAUCGCUACCGUGUCUGAAGCAUAUGCAUCCUCUGUAUAGAAAGCAACCUACGUCGUGCAUUAGGAACCACACUGAGGAAAGCAAUAUCGACAUGUGCGGACGCGGCAGUCUCCCUCAUAAGAACUUCUAUUGGACACCUUUGAGCAUCGUGCUACUUCUUCGGUAUCUUAACAUAUAAAAUAGCAAUCAGGAUAUCAAUAUUAUGUUAUAAAUUUUAAAUAUGAUUUUCUAGUCAUAAAUACAAGUAGGAUUUUUGAAAAACAAAGAGAGCAAAUUACAUAAUCAAACUCUGGUACAUUUUAUUGUUUAUAUGUUUAUAAAAUAAAAAUAUAUUUCUUUGAAAAAAUAUGUUCAAUUGAAUAGGAACAUUUUAUUUAUAUAUUGUUUACUAUUAUAGGUAUAUAGAUUACAAAUAUAGCAAAUUACAUGUCAUAUCCACAUAUCAUUAUAUCUUAUUUAUUGAAGAAAGAUUCAUUUAUAUUUUAUAGUGUUGUUAAGUAAUCACUAAUAAGUAUGCUUUCAGAGUGCCACACGUACGAGGCAUUGGGUUCAUAUCAAAGUUGGGCUAUAAUUGACAAUUUUAGCAUUAAAUCUAUAAAAGAGAUGAUUCUUGUAUAAUUAUUCACCUAUAGGUAUACAUUAAAAUUGUUGUUAUAAUUCUGGAGUGUAUAAUGAAAAAGUAACAACAGAAAUAAUUUAUUUAGGAUAAUUCUAGCUUUUCUAAACAAAUAGGCUUUGACAGUGAUUACAGAUCUCAAUUACCUGUUAAUUAAGUUGGCAAAACUUUAAUUGUAUUAUUUUAAUUCCAGAUAAUUUAGUAUAUAAAUUUAUACAUAUAUAUGCGCCGUCCUAGCAAUUUUUUAAGCAUUUUGGACUGGAGUGAUACUUUAUAUUCCUGUGUGGCAGGUGUUAUAUUAAAUAAAGAAAGAUGAUAAAUUUAUGUUAUUUAUUUUAAAUUAUAUAGUUGUCAUAUUGGUAAUGAAAUUCUAGUAUUUAGUGAUUUGAAUCUCUGUCAUUUAUGUAAGUAGAUGUGAAUUAUUUAUAUUCAAUUGAAAUGUGAUUAUUCAUUUGGUACAAAUAAAUACAUAUUGAAAUUACCAAGGAA